GGAGAAGGAGAAGGAGGAGAAGGAAAAGGAGGAGAAGAAGGAGGAGGAGGAGGAGAGGAGGAAGAAGAGGAGGAGCGGCUCCCGACCCCUCUGAACGUCCGCAUCUCCCGGCCUCGAACCCCCCCGGGAUCCGAACCCCCCCGGUGCCCCCCGAGGGUCGGGAAUCGCCGCUCCAUGGCCGAGCGGAGCCGAGCGGAGCAGCGGAGGAGAGGCUGAAGUUGGAGCGGAGCGAGGGAUGAGCGAUGGAGGAACCGAAGCCGGAGCCGCAGGCGGGAGGGCUCGGAAAAAAACGACGAACCGCCACGAACAGCACGGAGAAUUGCGGGAAAACUGCGGGGACGUCCCGGGGACUUCGGCAUUCAGCCCCGGAACCUCCGAGAGCUGCGCUCCGGGCAGCGUCAGCCCGGCCGCCCCGGGGGAGGGGGAUUUCUGCCGCCGCAUCCUGGUGCGAGAUGCCAAAGGGACGAUCAGGGAGAUCGUGCUCCCCAAAGGCCUGGACCUGGACCGGCCCAAGCGGACGCGCACGUCCUUCACGGCGGAGCAGCUCUACCGCCUGGAGCUGCAGUUCCAGCGCUGCCAUUACGUGGUGGGCCGCGAGCGCAGCGAGCUGGCAAGGCAGCUCAACCUCUCCGAGACGCAGGUGAGGGGGAGACCCCACCGCGGGACCCACGACCGGACCCCCAUGUGGGGCUGGGGGCCGCUGAGCCCCCGGGUGGGAGGUGGGCGCCUCUCGGGGCCGCCUGGAGAUGGGGGGUGGUGCGGGGCGGCGGCACGGGGUUGUGGGGCCAACGUGGGGGGUUGGGUCAGCGCGGUGUUUGGGAUUCAGCUGGGAGAUGGGAUUUGGGUUGGGGUCCAGGAGAGGGGUGCGGUGCUGUGA